AGCCGAGGCUCGAAAACAGACCCAGAUAACUUGGCCAGGGGGGGAGGAAGGUAAUAAGAAGAAUAAUGCGGCACCGCCCGCGGACCCCGGCGCUGAUGUGACUGCGUUUGGAGCCGCAGAGAGGAAGCGGCGGACGCCACCAGCUGUGUCUGUCUGCAAGGGGACAUGUCCUCACUAACCGUGGAGGAGGAGGACCAGAAGUGGGAACCGACGCACGUCCAGGUGACGGUGCUGAAAGGCAGGGGCUUGCGGGGAAAGGGCAAACACGGCACCAGCGAUGUGUACACCAUCAUCCAGCUGGGGAAGGAGAAGUACUCGACCGGCGUGGCGGAGAAGACCACCGAACCGGAGUGGAGGGAGGAGUGCUCGUUCGAGCUGCUGCCCGGCGCGCUGGAGCGCGGGGGGAGUAACGAGCUGGUCCUGACCGUGAUGCACCGGGCGCUGAUCGGGCUGGAUGUGUUUCUGGGACAGGCUGUGAUCCAGCUGGAUAAACUAUUCCAUGAAAGCAGAUACGUAAAAAACGAAUGGUAUAGACUCAACUCCAAGACGGGAAAGAAGGAGAAGGAGAGGGGAGACAUUCAGGUCACCAUCCAGUUCACCAGAAACAACCUGACGGCCAGCAUGUAUGACCUGGUCAUGAAGGACAAGGGAGCCUCCACCUUCAGCAAACUAAAGGAGCGCAUGAAGGGGAAGAGGAGAUCAAGCGAUGAUGACUCUUCUUCAGCUGUAGUGCAAGGCGGAUACAGCACCCUGCACAGGAUGCGCCACAGACUGCCGAGUGAUGGCGGAGGAGAGGAGGACUAUGAGGACGAUGAGGGGGGUGAGGUCCGGCGGAGCAAGAUGAGGACCUUCUUUUUAAGAGGGAAGUUACGGAAGUCAUCAGACACUCGCUCCAGCACCUCUCUGGGCUCUGAGAGCAGCGAGUCGUCAUCGCGGGGCGGGAGCCUCAGUCCGACCGCUGGAAUCAGUGUGGUGGUGUCGGACCUGUCCAACUCCCCCAGCAACAGCAGCAACUUAACUGCAGACAACAGUCCAGAACACACAGCAAACACGUCUCCUAAAUCAUCCUCUCUCAGAUGUGAUUAUGGUGACGAGGCUGGCGAAAUCACCAUUGCAGUGCCGACGGUUUGCGUUAACGGAAGCCAUGCAUACAAAAACCAGGCCCAGGAUCGAGGCUCAGGAAAAUCAGCAGGUACUUUAGGCCUGGGACUGUUGCAGAAGUCCAUGCCCCACUCCGUUUCACUGCAGAACCUCAGUACCAGGUCCUUCACAGACCUGCCCAAAGGCCCCGGUGGAGACGGGCGUCGCUGGUCUUUUGACAGGGCUGGCGAGGAGGAGAAGGCAGCCAUUGCAGCAGCCCUGGAGAAAAGUGGCCCCAUGCUGGGUGAAGAAGAGGAGCGGCCAGAACAGGCAUCACUGCCAAAAGCUUCUAAGGCGGAGUCGGAGAAUCAGGUGAAAAAGCAGAGGAAGAACUUGUUCUCACAUGGGCGGAGUGAGUCUGCAGGGAAGGGUCAGAGUCAGUCCAAAGACGUGUCUGAACAGAUCUCGGCUGCCACCGAGGAGAGACACAGAGCCUGGUUCGGAUCAAAGGAGUCGCACAACAAACCCAGCCUGGUGGUCUCCACUAAAUUAGAGCCAAGCACUUACCCCCACCCAACACCUCUUCCACUUAGUCGCCACCCCUUGGGUGCCCCUGUUGAUCCUACCUCUUUGGUUUCCACACUUCACCACACUAACCCCUUUUGCUGCACACAGAGUACACCACCCCCCUUACCCUGGUGCAACCCUUUCUACUCCCUCCUACAGCACAACCCCUUCUUUACAGAUAUGUUAACCAAUGAGCCACUAAAUUCUUCGCUACCUCCUUUGCCUUAUCUUUCCAGCUCCCGGCCCCCCAUAACUGAUCUCUUUCCAAAGUCAAGUGAUUCCAAUCUGACCCAAGAUGACGCAUCAGUAGGGGCCACUGACACUACAAUGGAGGCAAAAGGCAAACUUGAGAAAAGACCACUUCCUCCGAUUCCCUUGGAAAGAGAGAAACCCCUAAUUGAAAAAUCAGCAAACCCCUUUAUGUCUGUUGAUGAGCUUGAACUGGGAUCACAGUGGGAAGAAUCCUUUGAUGCAUUUGCAGCUGGGAGGCUGCAGUCUCCCGAGGACCUCACCAUGGAGUACAGAACACAGCAAAAUACAGUCAGUGACCAUCCACUGGAACACGACCAUAAUAAAGGGGAAUUACAAUCCCACCCAGAUGCUGAUGACCGCACAAAUGUUAACGACACUCUAUAUCAUCAGCCUGGGGACAGGUUUUUCUCCAAUGCACUUUCAGUCCCCAGCCAGUUAAAGAAUAAUAACACACAUAUUAUUGAUACUUUCCCGCCAUUCCUUGAAACAAUUCCAGAACAAAGAAGCUUUGAAAGUGAUGACUCAACCUUAAAUACUCCCACUAACUCUCCUGAACUGUGGGAUUUCCAAGUAGCUGCACAAGACAAAAAUAUUCCCAAUGAUUUCUCUGACACUAACGUCAAUAAAGCUCCCUUCAACAUCUCAUCUGCUCAAAUCAAUGAGAACAACAGUUCUCCAGACCCCAGCUCCUCCGGGCUCGGCAGUUCAACCGAAGAAGACGGCCUCUCCUGCUUUUCAUCUCAGUCUGAGAAGUUCUCUGCGGUCUCCUCAGAAGAAGCUGAAGGCAACAUCCCACGCAUCAAAACCCCAUCUGAUUCAGCUGUGGUUGAAAAUGUAAAGACCUCUGAGUCAGGAGACAGUCUCAAUGACAGGUCAGGCAAUCAGCCUUUACUUGACGAUGCCAAUCAAACGGUUAUUCAGCAGGAGGAGAGUCCCGGACAAAAGGUUGUUUUCGACUUCUUGGACGAGUCUCUUCAGACUCCACCACCAACUCUUAUGGCAUCUGAACAGGAAGCAGAAAGUGAACAUGAGGACAAUCAAACACCUAAAACCUUUUCAAUGAGCCCUGAUCUGUUGUCAACACUACAACCAACAUCCCCUCUACCUCAGCAAUCAACUGAUGGCUUGAAAGAAGAAAGCACAGAUUUGACUGUGGAGCCGUCUGAUGAGUUCAACCCUUUUUCUAAGAAUAGCACUGAAGGAGUUAUCCCCGGAUCUCCAGAGGAUGAAUUUUCUUCAACACUACCAUCAGUACACGUCACAACCUCAUCCCCUGAUGUCAAGCACGAUUCCUCGGAUUUGACGAUUGAGAAGACUAGCUCAGAGGGGCAGGAAGCUAACUCAUACGCCCAUGUUGAUUUGGGGAUUUUUGAUAAUUUCCUCAACAUCAGUCGCAUUGCAAGCACUCCUGAGCAGGACAGCACUUUGUUGCCAGUACAGUCUGAUUAUAGUAGCAACAGCCUACUCCAUAGCCAUUAUUUCAGCACUGACUCGCAGGAUUAUCUGACCUGUGACUCUCAACCGCUCUCCAAAUGGUCCAGCUUUUCAGAGCUAAAUGGAACCCUGUUCUCAGCCAACUCAACUCUCUGUGUUGAGAUGAAUGAUGUUAAGGCAGACCCCGUUGAGCCUCUAGGGACGGACAAUACAAAUCUAUCCCAGACUUCCAACUUUGAGAUCAACCAGAACAAGACAUUUGAAGAAUCCCUCUUUGGGGAUCAAGGCAAAGCAGUAGAUCUGGAGUCAAGCCUCACAGUGGGGGAUGGAUUACAAGGUUUGCUUGCCCCACUGCCAGACAUGAGCUAUAAUCCACAGAUCCUCAGUGAAGUAGGGGAGGAAAAUCAGGAUGACUUCCUCCUAAAAUGUCCAGAGGGACAACAUGCUACACUACAACGCUCCCAUUCCGAGGGGACCCUCACCCCUGCCAUUGAACAACAACUCCUACCCUCUUUUGGAAGUGAUCCCUGCACAAUACAGGAAUCCUUGUUAGCUCAACCAGGCCCCAACUUUCCUUCUCCUAACCCCUUUGCUCCUUCUCUAACUCCUGAAAGCAGUAGCUUCCAUGUAGCGCUCCCCACCCACCCUCCCCUUGCAACCGUUUCAGCGACCGUGCCGCCGAGCUCAGCACAGGGUGCCGUGCCAAACCCAGAUGUGACAGAGCAGCUGCAAGCGGCAAAUCCGCCGUGCAGCCCCCACCCGGUGAAGCCCCUGACAACUGCCAUGGUGGCUGAGGAGAAGCGGUCAGUGCUGGCCACGGGCCUGGAAAAGCUAAAGUCCACCAUUCACCCAGGGAGGAGCAGCCAGAUCACUGAACAGGAGGCAGACAACAAGAAGUCUCUGACAGAAGGAGCAGGCUCGUACUACCACCUGACUCACAGCGAACUGGUGGCCCUGCUGGUGCAACGUGAGGCCGAGCUGGAGAGGCAGAAGGCCGAAUUCGAACGUCAGAAACUCUUACUGGCCAAGCGGGAGGUGGAGCUGAAGAAGCUUAAGCCUCAGGUCCGAGACCUGGAGGACUACAUUGACACCCUCCUGGUGCGCAUCAUGGACCAGAAGCCUACGCUGCUGCAAGUGCGCUCCAAGUUGAAAUGAAGAAAGAAAAAACAAAUGAGGAUGCGGCCAUUUUAGUUCAUCUAUUCACUCGAAAACCCCCACAACAGCUGUUUUAGUCUCACUGCUCCGCAGUCCUUUUUGAUACAGGGGUUUAUGCACAGAGAGGCCAUGUUUUCUAGCCGGCAUGCUUCCCCGCUCUGAAACAAAUCCUCACCAGCAGGUUUUGUUUCCCGAGGCUGUGAAUGUAGCGCAUCCUCAGGUUGUCUUCAGGCUCAAGGAGCCUGAUGGAGGGUUCCAAACCCAGAUGCUUCCAGUUUAGCAUCCUGAUCUGAAUCCCUCUUUCCACUGCGCCUAUCACCUUUGUCUCCUCGUCACUAAAGAGUCAUAAUUAUAGGUUUUAAAUCCACAGCGGUGAACACUUUACCAAAUGUGGAAAUUUAGAAAUCUUCUUGCUUUGAUUUGUUCAAUAACAACAGACUGUCAGAUCGGUGCAAGGCAUUUUCAUGACAGAUUUCCUCAUUUAAAGGCAGAAGAUGUCUGUUUCCUCGUGUGCCUAGAAACUGCUUGCAGGUUUUAACACUUAUGUUGAAACUAGAGGUCGUUAUCUUUAAUUUCAGACAGGAAUCCGCAGGUUCUGUUUUCAUUUUUCAUAAAAUCGACUGUUUGUCAGAACUUUCUUAAAGGGAAUCCCCACCUUCUGCACAGUGCUCAAUUCUAAAAGGCAAAGGCAGCAGAGCAAGCCAGUGAAUUCAACGUCACUGCAAGUUGAGGCUUGACCACAAAAUAUGUCAACUGCAGGCAACAAUAGGGAGGAAAAGGAAGGAAAUAAGCCUGAAAUCAUUGUAAUGCAGUGCUUUACAGCACAAGAAGCCUUAAACCGUUUCUGUUUGUCACGUUACAUCUAAUAAUCUCCAGUUUUCUUUUAAUUAAGACUUUUUGUGACAUAUCAGCUCAAAAAAAUUAAUAAUUGUGAAAUGAAAGGAAAUUUGUACUUGCUUUAUAUUGAAAUAAAUAAAUCAGAAAAUGUUGCCGUUAAUAUUUCCUCUGCCACCUUUACCCCGAUACUUAUAAAUAUAUCCAGUCCAACCAACUUCCCCAGAUGUCAUGAUUUGAUCUGGAUUUUUUUGCAUGUUCCGGGAGGGUUUAUUUCAGGAUUUC